AUUCUGACACUCACACAAACUCGGAACUUGAGGUGGAGUGAUUUUAUUGUUGCUGCUCUGGGCGCUUGAUCAAAUUGAGGGAAACGUUCAAAAUGUCUCGUUUGUUGCUUGGCCUCUGCUUGACCGCUGUCCUCUGGAUCAGCGCAGUGCACUCGCAGGCGAACAAUGAGGAUCCGCUGUCGGCACCCAACCUCCAGCCGGAGACCCAGCCGCCUACGGACGGGCCACCUCAGUGCGAUGCAGGCACGCUGGCUGGCGGAAUGGACACGCUGGACUUCAGCGCGCUGGAGUGCGGCGAAGCGGAGUGCACGGAACGGCGGGACUGUAAAUUCCGGAUUGGAAGCAUGGGCGGUGGACCCAGCAGCCGAGGGCUGUGUGAGAACACGAUCACCGGGGCUCGUGAGGCGCUGCAGCAAGGCGCCAACAGUCUCAUAAUGAAGGUCUGCCUGUCACGUGACAACGUGCCGUUCGUGUGGUACGACUGCAACAUGAACAAUGCCGAAGCACUUGCUCGUCGCCUCGGACAGUUCACGUUUGGAAUGUGCACGCCGUACGUUCACCCGUCUGUGGCGGGACUCAGCGCUCACGAGCUCGACUUUGCCGUCAUCCGCGAGAAGUGGGGAUACCGCAAGAUGUUCACCGACUGUGAGAAAGCGGAGGGAAGCGACUACGCCAUCCCGACACUGGAGGAGUACCUCAAGGAGUUUGCAAUGGAGCCCAUCAGCUUCGUGAUCUCCCAUUCACGCGCUGGCCUGACGAGAACCCAGACUUCCAAGAUCUUUUGGAUGGCCGCGAAAACUGUGUUGUGUCUGGGUCUUGGAGACCGGACUAUCCUCUCUGUUUCAGACCUGGCACAUGCAGAGAUGCUGCAAUGCGUCAUUGGAAACGCUGGCCUGGACCCGCGCCAGCUGGCCGUGAACUUCCGCAUCCAGCCGGGCGACAUCGCCGACGAGGUUCUCAUCACACAGUCGCUUGCACAGAUGGAGACGGCAGUGGCAACUGCAUGUUCCAAUCCCGGUGUGAGAAGAGUCCCUGUGCCCAUGCUUCGCUUCAUCCAAGCUGGAUUUCAGCAGCUGUUUGCGAUGGGUAUGGAGAUAACAUCUAACCCAGUGGGAAUGGCAAAACUGAUGAAGAAAUUCCAACCGGUAAAACAGCUGAACGGAACUUGCCUUUACGGCAUUUUCAUCGAACGUCCCGACAUGCCAAAUGGCAAGGAGAUGCAGGAGAUCACCGUCUCGCGAGCACUGCAGCGACGCAACAAGAACCGCCCGCGCCUCCACAUCUACGUGGCCGUCAUCAACGAACACAAGGAGAUGGCCUGGCACAUUCGACAGGGCGUGGACGGAAUCCUCACGGGAGCAGUCGACACUCUUGCUGUCGUGCACGACACUGUGAAGGCAUGUGGUAGUGAGAAUCGCCCAGCACACUGCACUCCCGGUGGUGGAUCAUCCACUGGGGAAGUAGAUCAGCCAGCUGUCCCACAGCAAGUUGCAGAGCUUGGUCCACCACCGUAUAUCACCCAGUGUGUCAAUACUGAUGGGUCGGCAACCGAGCUCAACACGUUCAACAAGGUUCUUCGCUGCUGGGCUACAUUACUCAAGGUCUGGAGCACUGCUUUGGAGGCCGCGCAAAACUCUGUCCCGAUUUUUAUUUCGGCAGAAUAAACCAAGCAGCUGGGAACAUUUCUUGUGUUGUGAUGACACCGGCACAACUCAAUUUUACGGCUGCACCCUACAGUAUUGGCAGGAGUGAUAACGGUGCUGCUUCACACUAGCCUGAGCCUUCCAUGCCAUUCCUAGAGUGAUUUUGAUUCACUGCGUAUCCACCGCAUCUUCUAUUUUAGCCAUGGGGCCGUCUGGUGGAAACAAAUGCAUUGAUAAAAUCAUCAAUAACUGACGGUGUUAUGUUGCUUUACCUAGGUUACCAUGGUAGCAACAUUUAUUUUUAGUACUUUCCUGCUGAAAACUGCAAUGUGUAAUGCCACGCCGCGGUUUCACUUACUGCCAAAGGCAAAUCGAUGUAUGCUGGUUGUUUUUUGGUUCGGUUCGGCUUAACUUUAUUAUCUCUCUUUUAUUCCUUGACUAUCCAACUCAGCCAGAGAGACACUUUCUCACUCUCCCCUCUCUUUUUCCCCCUCCGUGUUAGCGUAUCUGUGUGGGGGACUAGUACUUUUGUCAAUGGCAGCUACCAUUAUGUUUCAUUGCUUUAUUAAAACUACAAAUAAAACAUGUAAUACGAACACAUGCAGCGCAUUGUAGAAUGUCAGAGCGUUCUGAUUUAUUCUUGGCACUAAAUCUGGUAAGAAGUCUCAGUCCUUUUUCCUAUA